UGAUCUAAUAUCACUGAGAGUGAGAGAGGAAGGCGCGUCAACCUCUCACCAUUGUAUCCGCAUUUUCUGUAGCGCAGCUUUUGAUCUGCAAAUGCUCAAAGGUGCUACCGUCUUUAUUGAUUUAGAUACAUUCACUUUUCUCUUGUGGAACAUGAAAAAGAUCUACACAUAGCCUGUGUUAUUCAUUGUUAUAACAUUGUCAAUGACUUUGGCGCGUAUUCAGAUGUAUUACACUUGAUGGAUCAAAAUAUACAAUUAAUUAGGGACUUUACCAUUUACAUCUUGCUGAUGUGGACCCCGUGAGUUAUUCAGUGGCCCAAUUGUUAUAAUCAAGUGUCAUUCCACAAGGAUCUGGGAAUGUGCCAGUUCUUAAUCAUCUUGGUGCUUACGCCUAUAAUUCUGGGCAUUUUGCGCUUCUGGUUAUUAAUACAUAUUGGUAGAAUCUUUAGCCUAGACUACCUGCCUAUCGAAUAACUUGAUAAGUAAUUUAUUUAAUAAUUAUUCGGUAAUCGCCUAUUCGUAUGAGAUAUAUCCUAACAAACUAAUCAUUUGAAGGCACAGGUUGCAAACAUUGAUCCAUGUUUAAAAUCUAAGAAGACACUACCAACUUCUACACUUGUUAAGGUUUUUGUCAAAUUCAAUAGUUGCAUUUCUCUUUCCCGCCCGGUGUAGACCUGGCCUGCAUGCUGUUAAUUAAAGUGGGAGGACAGAAAGGCUCCGGACGGGGUGAGAGGGAAGCUGAAAAGCCCCUCCCCGCAGAUUGUAGCCUACGAUGCGAUGGUGCUUUAAUUUCAUUGUUUGAGAGGAGCGACGCUCGGUGUGCAUCUGCUGGGAUCAAACAGCCCCGAAAGAGAGAUCCCCUUUUGUCAUGGAAAUCAGACCCUGACUCUGUCACACGUGGGCUUCAGAAAUGCUAAGAAGUUGAACAUCCAGCAGGGACUUGUAAUACAGAAUAGAACGGGUCAAGGAGAUGGCGAGGACAAUCUGACCAGUGUACGAUAGGACCCUCUCUCCACGUUUCACUCUCAUCUGCAGUAGGAUAUAUAUAUUUAUAUAUAGCUAAUGUGCACAGUCAAUGCGCUGUAGUCUACAGCAUAUGUUGCAUAUGCAUUUUUUUGUCGCGCUUAGAAGUAGGCAAGAAGGUUGAGUUUGUUAUUCUUCUGAAAUGGCAAGUCAUUUUCGGUAAAUGUAAUUCGCUCUGUAUAGGGUACUUUUUUGUUUUCAAUGUAUAGAAACUAUAUUUAUCACUGUUCUGGUAUCGCGUAGCCUGUUUUUCAAAAAUGCUGGAUUUGGUUCUACGGAUGGUUUUCUGUGCGCUGCUCUGUUCUAUUUCCGCGCGCGCAUCCGGGUGCCCUCUUCGUUGCGAAUGCUCGGAAGCUGCUCACACCGUGAAGUGUGUUUCCAAAGACUUGCGGAGUGUCCCGCCUGGGAUACCAGGGUACACGAGGAAUCUGUUCAUAACUGGAAACCAGAUCAGCAGAAUUGGACCGGAGUCGUUCAAAGGGCUGGACAAUAUAACAACGCUGUCACUGAGUAACAAUAGGAUAACAGAGGUAGAGUCUCAGACUUUCUCUGGGCUGCGUUCCCUCCGCUCUCUGGACCUGAGCUCCAACCAGCUGGCUGUCAUCAACCCAGAGGCCUUCACUGUUCCGGGCCACACUCUCAGGGAGCUCAACCUCAGCCGAGCUCUCUACAACCACUCCUCUCUCAUGAACCUGGCUAUGUCUCUUCGCUGGUCCACCCUGGUUGAGCUCCGGACCCUGGACCUGUCAGGGAACAGGCUAAUCUACCUGCCCUCUCACACCUUCUCCUACCUGGGGGGCCUGCGGAGGCUCAUCCUGGCCAACAACUCCCUGGUGGCCCUCUACAAUGGCACCUUCUCUGGGCUGGACUCUCUGGAGCAGCUGGAUCUGACCCUUAACGCUCUGCGGACUGUCCAGGAGGAGGGCCUGGCUGAGCUGGCCUCUCUGCCCCCCGGGGUGAGACUCCUUCUAGGGGAGAACCCCUGGACCUGUAUCUGUGGCAUGGAGCCCUUCGCUGCCUGGCUCAACUCCUCCCAGGGACAUGUGGGAGACGCAGAGGGCCUGGUGUGUGCCUUCCCCUCAGACAUGAGAAACACGUCUCUGCUGAGGUUGGCGGCUGGACAGGCUGGGGUGGGCGGGAACGGGGUGGCGCUGGGAUGCCACAGGGUGGGUGAGGGGGCGGACCUGGCCCUCCAGACUUCCUACGUGUUCCUUGGGAUCGUCCUGGGCUUCGUGGGACUCGUCUUCCUCUUGGUCCUCUACCUCAACCGGCAGGGCAUCAAGAAGAGGAUCAAUGACAUGCGGGAAGCGUGCACGGAGGUGUUGGAGGGAUACCACUACCGCUACGAGCACGACGCCGACCCCAGGCUUUCACAGGUCUCCACCACAGCAGACAUUUGAUGAUAAGAGGACACUCCCAGGGGCUUCCAUGAUCCUUUUUUCAUAAUCAAAAACGUUUUUUUCUAUUGCAUUUAUAAGUAGAUAAGAUCAUGUAAAAACUGUACAUGUGAAUUGUAUGUAAAUAUAAACAUACAGUAAGUAUAUGACUGAGUAUUAUUAUUGUUCCUAGUAGCCUUGUCCAUGAUUUAAGCAUGCACUGUCUGAUCUGUAGUCCUUCACAACCAGUCCUCACUUUCAGUCUACACAUCGUCUGAGACUGGGGAUUACCCAUGGCUAACAAAUGGGCAUUGACUGUGAAAGAGAACUGUUGUAUGGAUGGGGGACUGACUGACUGUUCUUCUACAUAGAUUUCCCCCUCUUAAAAGUGGGGCUUCUCUGUCUGUCCUAGAAUGAAGUGUCAUGUGAAGGAGUGAAACUACAUUUGGACAAUAUCAUUUAUGUAUGUUAUGAUUCUUGGAACUGAGAACAGAUAUGGAUGAAUAUACUUAAUUCAUGAAGCUGAAGUAAUGAAACUGAAGACUGUUCUUAUACAUUUCACUUGCUAUGACUUUACUUAAGUAUUGUUCUUUGAGAGGUCUUGUAAAUGUAUAUACUAUCGCUACCAAGCUCACAUACAGCAUAAUUAAUCAGCUCAUGAGUUGCAAGUUGUAUGACACCAACCCCUGUGAAGCUUAUGCACAAUGGCCAUGUCUGAAAUUGCACCAUAUUCCCUGUAUGGGCCCUGGGCAAAAGUAGUGGACUUAUAAAGGGAAUAGGGUGCCAUUGGGACGCAGAGUUCAAUGAGAGAUUGUCUGAGGGCCAGCUCACCCCAGGACUGAGGAGCAUUUCUUUGGUCUUCUAUCCCUCUGCCCCAGGGUGCCUGAAAGGAAUCCCAGCAGAUUAGUCUCCAUAGCAUUCCAAAGGGAGGAGAACCUCUCCUCUAAUCUCUCCUAAAAGCAACUCUUUCUCUCUCUCAAUUCAAAGGGCUGUAUUGGCAUGGGAAACAUGUUUACAUUGCCAAAGCAAGUGAAAUACAUCAUAAACAAAAGUGAAAAUAAACAAAUCAGAAAUUAACAGUAAACACUACUCACAAAUGUUUCAAAGGAAUAGAGAUGUCAUAUUAUUGCUAUGUACAGUAUUGUAACGAUGUUUAAAUAGUUAAGGGAAAAAAUAAAUAAUCAGAAUAUG